AUGGCCACACCACAAGAAAAAACAUUUAUUUUAUUACCACCGGCUCCCGUGGAUAUUGGUAAGGCGCAUUGCAGGGUAUCAAAAAUUAUCUUAGAGAAACGAAAUAUUGUUGAGGGUCAAUGGGUUCGCUUAGAUUCCGGAGAGGCGAGCGCCAUCGAUGUUAACUUAAUAAUCAGGUUUAAGUAUGUUGAUGAAGAGAAUGUGGAAGAGAGACAGUUUCUUGAUUUUGGUUUUGUCUGGAAUAAUGGUUCGGAAAUUGUCAGGCGCCAGACGAUGAGAAGUAUGUUAAAGGGUAUGCCUGUGUGUAAAGGAUUUGUGAUAUCUGAUCAAAGGAGUUGUCUAGAGAUCGAGAUCCUCGAUGUGUCCCCUUCCGAUACCUUAUCAUUUUUCACAAAGGACACAAACAUUAAUUUAUUCGAUAAAGAAAAUGUCAAUGCAAAUCUAAGUAACAUGGACGAUCUUGAUUCGAUUACUUCUUCAUUGGAGGCUAUGAAAUUGAAUGAAAACAGCUCCAACGAAGCUAUUCCUGGAUUGGAACAAGCUUAUAAAGCACUCUACGAAGUCGUUAGUUAUCCGUUGUUGUAUCCAGAUUUAAUUCAACAGUUGAACAUCGAAUGCCCUAAAG